CUUAGUAGUUAUGCCGAAGAGUUGGCUGGUAAACUAUCAGAUGGUAAAACAAAAGAGCAGGCUCGAAAAGCUAGAGAUCAGGCAAGGAGGCGCUUCCAACAGUUGGGAUUGAGUAAGGAGCAAGCUGAUACUCUUAUUCCGAUUCGAGCUCCUGGGAGACAUGUUGAGGAAAGAGAUCCCAUCAAAAUUAUCGCCCAAGACAUUAUAAAAAAUAAUCUCUCACCUGAAGAGAUAAAUGGAAUAUCAUAUGACUUGGCUUCUUUUGCUCCUACUACUGUUGCAGGGAGUUCUCGUCUUAAUUUAUUACGAAAAGAAUUGCGUAGCUUAGGAGCUGACUAUCUCAUUACUGAGGCAACGAAAAUACCCUUUAUUACUGAAGAAGCAAAUCAGAUUCAAGCAAGAAAACGUAUACUUCGUGGAAUUAAUGGCUAUGAUUGUCCCGAGUUCUUUUACCUGGAAAAAGUUCAGAAAAGACUUAAUGAAUGUGAUAUUAACAAGCCUCCUUCAAUGCAAAAUCUAAUAGACGUAAUGAUAAUGCUAUGUCAUGCUUCAUCAGUUGAACAUUAUGGUGUAAUGAAUUAUAGGCCAAAUACUCCAGCACCUAAACAAGAAAAUAAACAAUGGCUUUUGCCCAUCAUAUCUACAGUAAAAUCUUUAUCAUCAUUAGAUGAUUCAGAGUCGGACCCAGAUGAAGAUGAGGGUGAGGUCUCAGAUGUGAAUGUAGUCGAUUUAGCAAACAAUAUACAUCUAUUACAAUUCCAAAAUUCCAACCCAGGGUUUGAUUGGUUCACCGGUCGAAAAUAUGAUGAAGAGCUCCAGACAUAUAGAGCGGAAAUUAUAACUGACCCAAAGAAUGGUUGGAAGCGAGCUUCAUUGCUACGCAAUAAUCAGUCGGGUUCUUCGGAUUCUCGCUUACAGCAAAAUAAAAGCAAGAAAAAUAAGGUCAAGUAUUCCAUCAUAGAAUCUGAAUCAGAUAUUAACUCUGAUACUUCUGCAUCGAGCACUUCUUCGUCUAGUUCGGGAUCAGAAGAUACACAUGUAUAUAAGAGCGUGCGAUGUCGCAAAAGAAAAGAUUGGUGCCACAUACUAGAUAAUAUCAAAAAGGACCUUAAAAAUGUGGAGCUUUUGGAGUCUGGAUUUGACGAGGAACGGAGAAAAAAAGCUCAAGAAAUAAUUGACCACUGGAAACGCAAGCUGGGAACUCUUAGUUCCAGUGGCACACCUAGUCCACAGCUAUGA